UUUUUGCCGACAGAAGGCGUCACUACCUUUUGCUUACGUCCCCUACUCCACGAUGAGAAUAGCUCAGCCCACACACAUGCAAAUUGUAUCUGUGUGAAUUAGGCGUCAACAAAUUUUCAAGUUGGGUGCGAUUUUACUCAUCAUCUAAUUCUCUCACCUUUAUAAAAGUCGGCGCUUUCAAACCCCAAGUUAUAAUUCGUGUUGACUGCCCAGAGUCCGCGAAUUAGUCGUCAUAAUGGCAGAGCAACAUCGUUUCGGCAACGUAAUUUGCCCCAUUACUUGCCAUGCAUGGAAUAAGGAUCGGAGUUUGAUCGCGCAAAGUCCCAACAACAAUGAAGUUCAUAUUUAUAAAAGAAUUGGGCAAGACUGGAAGAAAGAAGAUGUGCUCAAUCAGCACGAUCUUCGCGUUAUGGGCAUUGACUGGGCUCCAAACAGCAAUAGAAUUGUUACAUGUGCAAUGGAUAGAAAUGCUUAUGUAUGGACCCAGGGUGAAGACAAGAAGUGGAAGCCUACAUUAGUGCUCCUCCGCAUUAAUCGUGCUGCAACGUGCGUUAAAUGGAGUCCGCAAGAGAAUAAGUUUGCAGUUGGAUCUGGCGCACGACUGAUUUCCGUUUGCUAUUUUGAGUCUGAAAAUGACUGGUGGGUGUCUAAGCACAUCAAGAAGCCAAUCCGGUCGACUAUCACAGCAAUUGAUUGGCAUCCCAACAAUGUUCUGCUGGUGGCUGGCUCAGCAGACUUCAAAAUUCGCGUUUUCUCUGCAUACAUUAAAGAUAUUGAAGGCGCCAUGCAGCCAACACCCUGGGGUCAGAAAACUACAUUAGGACAUCUACUCGCCGAAUUUCCCAACUCUAGUGCUGGUGGCGGUUGGGUGCAUAGCGUCGCCUUUUCACCAGAUGGUAAUAAAAUAUGCUGGGUGGCUCAUGAUUCGUCAAUUAACGUCGCGGACGCAACGCGAGGAAAUGCUGUAUUCAAGCUACGAACCGAAUACUUGCCAUUCCUGAGCUGUAUUUGGAUUAGUAAUGCUGCAAUUGUCGCAGCCGGCCAUAGCUGCAUUCCAGUAAUGUAUAAUUACAAUGCAGAUGGACAGGUUGUCUUCGGUGCCAAGUUAGACGCAUCGCAGAAACGUGAGGCAAGCGGUAUAUCAGCAAUGAAGAAGUUCCAGAGUUUGGACAAACAAGCAAGGACUGAAAUGAACGAUACCAACUUGGAUUCGAUUCAUCAAAACGCGAUCACUUCAUUGGUGCCAUACACCCGAAACAACUCUUCUAUCCAGAAGUUCAGCACUACUGGUUUGGAUGGGCAGAUGGUGAUUUGGGAUAUGGUAUCCUUAGAGAAAGCUAUCCAGGGGCUUAAAAUUGCCUGAACUUGCAAAGACGUAUAACUUUUACAAUUCAACAUUUUCUUUUACAUAUUUUUUUAUACCACAAUUGCAUCUGAUAUGACUUGUUAAUAGGUAAAAACAUUAUAAACAAUUAAAGCUUUGAUGCUGA